UCCAAAACAACUGAGCCACCACUUAUAUUUAGACAAACAUCACAAACAUGUAAAUAUUUCUCCCAGUCAAAACGUAUAGUUUGUAGCACUGGUGACACUGGUAAGGUGACUCCCCCUCACUCUCCUCCAUAAAAAGAGCACAUACUUCGAAUGUUCCACAGAGUCGAAGAGCCACCACAGCUGGAGAAGUCUCUCAUCUGUCAGAAUCAUGGACUUUUCCUAAAGAGGAUGAAUCCUUAUGUGACUAAAGAUGUUCUUGAGGCCCACUUUGAAAAAUGGGGGACGGUUCUAGUCUGUGACGUAAAAAUGGAGUGCACCACAGGCUUCCCCCGAGGCCUGGGUUAUGUGGGUUUUGCCAAUGAAGAAGAGGCCGAUGCAGCAGAGGCAGCAGGGCCCCACAAGCUGGCCGGCAUGGAGGUGGACAUGAGGAGAGUUAUCUGCCCAAAGAACAACGACGAUAUGACAUACGUGUCCCAUAGAAAGUCUGGCAUGGCAUAUCUGCUAGCAAGCAGCAGCUGGCUAGACUCUGAUGAAUGAAGGCAAGGUCUGCGUCAAUGAUUCAAAGGAGAAUUCCCACAGUUGUUUACAGAGGACAGAGGAUGAAAAGCUAAUAUUGAACCAAGAAAUGUGCAUGUCCUGCACAGUGCAGGAAGUCCGACAGUUAUAUUUUGUUACAGUAGCCAUAUGUAUUCGGCCGUGUGACCCUUUAUUGUUUGCAUAUUAUGGUAUUUGUUUAUUUUCAUUAGGCUAUUGAUCAAUGAUAUUGCUGACAUUAUUGUUUAUUAUUGCUAUUGUAACUAUUGUACUGUUUUUAUUUGUAAGUCGCUUUGGACAAAAGCCUCUGCUAAAUCAUAUAACCAUAGCCAAAACCAUAUGAAAGGUUUGUGAAUUUGUGAGUGCAAUAUCUUCAUUUUGUUCGAUUCUGACUCAGCAGAAUGACCUUGGUGGGGCAUAGCAAACCAGACACCAGCCUAAACCAUUUGUAUCCAUCCAAGGAAUAAACUGGGUCCAUUUUAGGUCCAUUUUGUGAUUAAAGAAGUUUAAUGCAUGUGACAAAAAAGGCCUGGGUCACCCUGGACUGUGUCCUACAUGUUGUAAGUGUAAAUAAAAGUAAAUAAAGUAAUCAAA